CUGUUGAUCUCUGGAAGUUGGGGCUUGCACCCUACUGGAUUGAGAAGCGCCCCCACCCCUUUCCCAGCCAUGCUAACUGCAGGAUGAAGCUCGAAGCUGUUGUGGAGCAGCUGCAAAAGCAGCAACAGCAGCAGCAAGCUCCUCUGCAGAUGGAUUCCAGGGAGAGACAGCAGAGGCAGAUCAGAGAGGCCCAGAUGCUGUAUACUCAGCAGCUGGCUGCCCAGCAGGCUGUUCUAGCAGCCACAUCUGGCAGAGCUUCAGGUGGCUCUGCUGUUGGCCCUCUGGCCAGAGUCCCACCUGUAGCUGGGGCUGCCCGAGCUUUUGAUCAGAGCAGCAUGAACUCUGAUCCUGAGGAGGAGGAAGAGGAAGACGAAGAAGAGGAGGAUGAGGAAGAGGAAGGGGGUUUGGAAGGUGGAGAUCUUGAGGAUGGCACCGAAAUGACUGGGAAAGAUGCCUGUUCUGCUUUGAAGUUUUUUCAUUCUCCCAAAGUGGCCCAUCACAACCAAAGAGUGGCUUCUACCUCUAAUCCCACCCCAGGACAUCAGCGAGGACAGCCAGUAAAGGAAGAGCAGGGUAAAGACACUACUAAACAACCAUAUUCAGGUUCCCCAUCUGGGCGGCAGCCCUGGAGAUUGGAUGAACAGCUCAAGCAGAACGGAAAUCUGAGUUGGAGCGAAGAAGCUGAUGGAGGCCGAGGAAGAGAGAUCUCUCGUGACUUUGCCAAGCUGUAUGAACUGGAUAGUGACCCUGAGCGGAAGGAGUUCCUGGAUGACCUUUUCAUCUUUAUGCAGAAGAGGGGCACCCCCAUCAAUCGGAUCCCCAUCAUGGCAAAGCAGAUCCUCGAUCUAUACAUGCUGUACAAGCUGGUGACUGAGAAAGGGGGGUUGGUGGAAAUCAUCAACAAGAAGAUAUGGCGGGAGAUCACCAAAGGCCUUAACCUGCCCACCUCUAUUACCAGUGCAGCGUUUACACUUCGGACCCAGUAUAUGAAGUACUUGUAUGCCUACGAAUGUGAGAAGAAGUCCCUAAGCUCUCCUGCUGAGCUACAGGCUGCUAUUGAUGGCAACAGGCGGGAAGGCAGACGGCCCAGCUACAGCUCCUCCUUGUUCAGUUAUUCACCCAGCACCACAGGGUCUCCUUCCCUCCUGUCUCCCCCAAAGAUCCGCUUCCCGAUCAUUGGCGUCACCCCAGGCAGUGGAACCAGCAGCCCUCGUGUCUCUCCAGCAACGGCUGUCAGGAAAGGUGAUGGUGUCCCUUUGACUGUGUCUAUGCCAAAUCGUAUCGCCAUGCCAGUGGCCUUGGCUAACCAGCAGGCAACUGUAGCAGCAAGGACAGCAACUCUGGAACAGCUGAGGGAGAGGCUGGAAUCUGGAGAGCCUCCAGAGAAGAAAUUCUCACGGAUGACAGAGGAAGAGCAGCGGCUUGUCCAGCAGGCGCUUCAGCGCAAUCUCUUCAGCAUGGCACGGCAGAUCCCCAUGAAGAUCAAAAUCAAUGGCAGGGAGGAUAAACCGGAUUCAGCAGCGGCGGCAGCAGCAGCAUUGAAUUUGUCACCGAGUGGCAUUGGGAGCAUUAACAUGUCUGUGGAGAUUAACGGCACGAUCUAUGCUGGAGUGCUGUUUGCCCAGAAGCCGGUUGUCCAUCUCCUUGCAGGAUCCAACACCCAAAGCACCUGCAGCAGCAGUAGCAGCAGCAGUUCCCACUGCUCUCCCAGCCCUACCUCAUCCAGGGGCACUCCCAGUGCAGAGCCCUCAACCAGCUGGUCUCUCUGACGGAUGGGGGAGCUUGUUGUCUCUCACACUGGCCUCGGGCGGUCGUGUCCUCUUUGUUCAAGGCAGGGAGCGAGCCUGGAAGGAGUCGCACAGAUUACCUCAUCUCAAAGAACCUGCUUUGUGGUUGGCCGACAGCGAGAUGAUAAAACCUUCCAUGCUGGCGAGUUUUCUCUUCAGGAGCGUCGCCUGUUUGUUCAAUCUUUUUCUCUUCUUUUUAAUUUUUGUUUCAGGUUUCCAGCUAGGGGAUAGGGUCAGGGGAAGGGGACACACAUGGCGUCUUUCAAUCAGGGAUCAUCUUUAGAGGCUGCGGGUUUGUAGAGGACUGAGACAUCACCAUGGCAGGUGAAAGGAGAAGAGGUUGGUUAUCGGGUUGGAAGAUCAAUUCCAGCUCUCUAACCAUGAGCUACGUGGGCUUUCCCAACACAGUGUAUUGACAAUCGUAUGCCCAAAGGGACCUGGGUCUCCGCCUCUUUUAUUGGUUCCCUCUUGCUGCAGACAGCAACAGCAUUUGUGCAGUUAUACAGCAGGCAAACCAUUCAGUCCUCCCCUAAGUUCAACACACUGAUGUUCUCACCUGAGUGUGCUCACCUUGCUCUUUAGCCUAGCCUGUUUCUGGUUUCGUGGGAGACUUGAAUGACUUCUGUCCUUAUUCUUAUCCUGCCCUCCUCUCAUCUACAUCUCAAGGAUCCUGGGAGGAUGCAGAGGACUGUCCCAGCUCUGUGUUCAGUGCACAGAGAUGGAAUGUCCCAUCUCUCUGUUGGAUGCAGAGUGGAGUACUGUGUCCAGUUCUGGGCGCUGCACUUCAGGAGGGAUGUGGACAACAUGGAGAGGGUCCAGAGGGGGGCCACUUGCAUGGUAAGGGGGCAACAGGGCAGGCCCUACGAGGAGAGGAUAU